GGCAUAUUUUCAGGCUGCUAACCGCGACACUUUUUGCUGUCCUUGUGUUAAACUGCAUGGUGGCUUUGAGGUGAUUUGUAGUUGGUCUUUAGAGGCCCUAUAAUCACGAUAGUAAAGGGAUGGGUGUGUCCGAGCUUUCUUGGCAAAACACGCCGGAAGGGAGGAGGGCCUGUCUGUCGGUCUAUCUGUCUGCCUGACGUCGGGUUGCUGGAGACAGGCAGAGCCGGUGUUUGUGAUGGGAGCUAGCUAACUAGGAAAGGCGACUAUACCUUUAAGUGAAAGAAACAAGAAACAAUCAGCGGUAUCGCUGUGUCGCUUAGCUAGUUUACUGGGCUUACAGGGAGUUUCGAUAUGAUAUUUGUGAAACUAAUUGUCAUGUUUUGCUGCCUACGAGAUGUUACAGGUCAGUUUGGGAACCCUUUGAACAAAUAUAUUCGCCAUUAUGAAGGUUUAUCAUAUGACACAGAAGCCCUGCACGACAGUCACCAGAGAGCCAAGAGGGCACUCUCUCCUCAAGACAGGACCGUGCAGCUGGACUUCCAUGCACAUGGAAGGUAUUUUAACUUGCGGAUGAAGAGAGAUACAACUCUGUUUUCUCCAGAUGUCGUCAUUCAGGUGUCGGGAGAGGAGGCACCCCUUGAUACAUCGCAUAUUUACAGUGGAGAAGUCUUUGGUGAAAAAGGCACACUGACUCAUGGCUCUGUGGUUGAUGGUCGCUUUGAGGGCUUCAUUCAAACCCACCAAGGGACAUACUAUGUUGAACCCUCAGAGCGGUACCUUAAGGACAAGAAUGUGCACUUCCACUCCGUCAUCUAUCAUGAGGAUGACAUCAAUUAUCCUCAUAAGUAUGGCUCAGAGGGCGGCUGUGCUGACCACUCAGUGUUUGAGAGGAUGAGAAAGUACCAGGCAUCUGCAGUGGAGGAGCCGGUUAAAGGAGGGAACAGUGUGUUGGAGGAGGAGAGCUCCCACGGUCCUGUUAUUCUGAGGAGAAAGAGGGCAGCGGCGAAAGAGAAAAACACUUGCCAGCUCUUCAUCCAGACUGACCACCUCUUUUUCAAAUACUACGGCACAAGAGAGGCCGUCAUUGCCCAGAUCUCCAGCCACGUGAAGGCCAUUGACUCCAUUUAUCAGGCCACAGACUUCAUGGGCAUCAGAAACAUCAGCUUCAUGGUUAAAAGGAUCAGGAUAAAUACCACCAGCGACGAACGGGACAAAAGCAAUCCAUUCCGCUUUGCCAACAUCGGAGUGGAGAAGUUUCUGGAGCUUAACUCUGAACAGAACCACGAUGACUACUGCCUAGCCUAUGUCUUCACCGACAGGGACUUUGAUGAUGGGGUUCUUGGCUUAGCUUGGGUUGGGGCUCCUUCAGGAAGCUCUGGGGGCAUUUGUGAGAAGAGCAAACUGUACUCUGAUGGAAAGAGGAAGUCUCUGAACACUGGUAUCAUCACUGUGCAGAACUACGCCUCUCAUGUCCCUCCCAAGGUGUCACACAUCACCUUCGCUCAUGAGGUUGGGCACAACUUUGGCUCUCCUCACGACUCUGGGAUCGAAUGCACCCCCGGAGAGUCUAAGUUGCAGGACAAAAAGGAGCAGGGCAACUACAUCAUGUACGCCCGAGCCACAUCGGGGGAUAAGCUCAACAAUAACAAGUUCUCUGUCUGCAGCAUCCGCAACAUAACCGCUGUUCUAGCGAAAAAAAGAGACGAUUGUUUUGUCGAGUCUGGCCAGCCUAUCUGUGGUAAUGGACUGGUGGAAGCUGGAGAAGAUUGUGACUGCGGCUACAGUGAUCAGUGUAAAGACCCCUGCUGCUACAGCGCCAAUGAAGGGGAGGGCAAAAAGUGCACACUCCGACCUGGCAAGAUCUGCAGUCCCAGCCAAGGGCCAUGUUGCACACCAGAGUGUACUUUCAAGGGCACGAAUGAGAGGUGCAGAGUGGAGUCCGAGUGUGCCAAAGAGGGCAAGUGCAAUGGAGCUAUUGCUCUGUGUCCCGCCUCAGAACCAAAGGAAAACUUCACCUCUUGCCAUUCAGAAACACAAGUCUGCCUCAGUGGGGUAUGUUCUGGUUCCAUUUGUGAGAAGUAUAAUCUGGAGGUGUGCACCUGUGCCAGCGAAGACGGCAGGGAUGAGGCAGCCGAGCUGUGCCACGUGUGCUGCAUGGAGAAAUCGAACCCCAGCACCUGCAGCAGCUCAGGCUCAAAGAGAUGGGCCAAAUUCUUCAACGGGACGGUCACGACGCUGCAGCCCGGCUCACCCUGCAAUGACUUUAAGGGCUACUGCGAUGUGUUCAUGAGGUGCCGUCUGGUGGAUGCCGACGGGCCUCUGGCAAGGCUCAAGAAAGCCAUCUUCAAUGCAGAGCUCUACGAGAAUAUUGCAGAGUGGAUAGUGGCUCACUGGUGGGCAGUGCUGUUGAUGGGCAUCGCUCUUAUUAUGCUAAUGGCCGGCUUCAUCAAGAUCUGCAGCGUCCACACCCCCAGCAGCAACCCCAAACUGCCCCCACCAAAGCCACUGCCAGGUACACUGAAAAGGAGAAGACCGCAGAACGCACACCCGCAGUCACAGGGCCAGCGGCACCACCGUCAGCACAGAGAGGACUAUCAAAUGGGACAGAUGAGACGCUGAGACAGUGCUCUGCUCUUUGCCUUGGUUCUUCUCAGUGCCUACAAUGGGAGCACAUCACUCCAAAGAGUUACCUUUACCACCUAUUGCAAAAGUCAAAGAACUUAGAACUGGAUCGAUUUCACUGGACAAAGCCUGAAGGGUUUUUUUGGGGGGGGGCUAACAAACUCAUUCAGCACCUCUGAGCCAGGUAACAGUGGUUCACACAGCUUUUAUAGGAAAUAAAUAACUUUUCCAAGGAGGGACAGGAGGAGAAAUUCACUGAUCUCUGUUAUGUGGUCUUACUCUCAUUUUUUUUUUUUUUUUCAACCAGAACGGAGGAAAGAGAAGCAGCUUUGUGUUCAGAGUUACUUUCCUUUGUCCUCCAUUUGUGCUACCUUUUUCUUUCCUGUUCUUCCUCUCUGAAGUGCUGCCAUCAUCAGCACGGAAGUAGGACUGCAAGACGUGUGGUUUUGGCUGCCAAUCAAAAACAGCAUUGAGACUUUGGGUUGGGGGAAAAGUGUUUUUUUUUCUUUGUUAUUUUUUUUGCCAAUACACUUAGAUUGUUUUAAAUCAAAACACCAUCAAAAAUUGAAGCUUAAGCUUACAUGUUUUCUUUCAGUGUGCAAUUGUACAGAUGUUCUGUGUUUCAAAUGAAAUAGAUUUUCUGUACGAUGAAGAUUAUUUACUGUUUUAAUUCACUUUCUCAGGAUUAAUAAAACAACAGCAAACAAGUGUAUGGAGUGGAAAAGAUGGCUGCAUGCAUAUUGCAGGGUAAAGUCCCUCCUGGCUGAAGCCUGUACAGAGGAGUUCACAUAGGCUGAAAAGAAUGUAGAUAUAUGAGCUUGAUAAGAUUAUAGUGUCAUCUGUUAUCAGAUGGAGGAGCUGUGGAGGGAAGUUAAUUAUCUGGAUAUGUAUAUUUCUUGUUGUGAUGUGGUUUUGCAGCUGCGUUUACAUAAAGGUAUAGUCUGGGGCUGAAAUGGUGAGAGAAAUAGCUUUUUAUCAACCUGAUUGUAUCACACUUAUUCUGUCACCGCAGUUGUGACACGUUUGUUAAGCAUGUAGCGUCAUGCUACAGAUGCGUGUGUGUCUUCACAUUCAGAAUGAGAAUAGUGAAAGCAUAAAGGAGAAUUUGUUCAAACUGAACGCUGUGGACAAAGAAGCCUGCAUAUACACAAAGUGUCCCGGUGUGAUUGUCCUGCCCGCGUUCUCACUUGUUCUGUUUUCUGUCCACCUCUUGAAUUUCACACACUGGCAGUUUUAAGAAAUCUGUUUAAACCACUCCGAGGCAGAUGGAUCCUCUGGGCCUCUGUAGCCAGAUGAACCUUUCUGGAUUAAAUGUGAUCGAGAAUUUAGCUUUUAUUGAUUUUACUUGCAGUUCAGAUUGUAUGUGUAUGUGGUUGAAUUGAAUCAUUUGGGGGGAAACUAGAGCUUCUAAUGUGUUUGUUGCUUUGUCGCUGCUGUUAACUGACAUUUACUAGAGCGAACAAUCACUGUGUGUCAGUCACCCACCGCUGUUCUGUUCUGUCCUGACUUUUCCUACUGAUCGGGAUUUUCUCAAGGAACCUCGCCACCCUUGUUUACGCCCUCUCAGUUUGUGUAAUUGCAUUAAAUAUGUGCCUACUUAAAGCAGCGUGACUGAAGUUGGAGUAUGAGUGUCAGUGAUCUGUACUGAGACUGGAAUCAUGCAUGAAUUGGCAGUUUAUCCAAACACUGUCACCAGACUGGACUGAUGAAAAUGAAAGAUGUAAUAGCAGUGAUGUGGUUGAGGGCUCGGCAAUGUAUAAUAAAUGUGAUAAAUAUUGGAAAUGUAAGUGAUGAGCACUUAUUUUCUUUCUUAUAUUAUUGCCCAGCUCUAAUUUGGCUCACCUUGAGUUGUCAGUUGUCUCCAGAUUAAAUUUAGGUCAACUUCACUGACUGAUGGAUGAGAGUGCAAAAUACUCUUAGUUGAGUUACUGGUAGAAUAAAAAACAUAUACGUGUAUAGUUUCUUAAGAUGGACUUUUUUCUUACCCUUGAAAAGAGUUGUCUCAAGCCCAACGGCAGCUCAGCGUUGUUUUCUGUACAAGGUAGGAGGAUGUUGUGUUAUCGAACAGUUAUAGAUUCUAUGCAGAGCAUCACAGAACCGCGAUCAAGUCAGCCUCUUCACAGAGAAAUGCCUUCACUGUUUUCUCCUGUAUGGGUAUGUGGAAAAUUCUGAUGUAUUUUCAAAGUAGUCGCUCAUGUCGAUGUGCUACAGCAAAGUUUCUGAGCAGACAAAAUGCAAUCCUCUGUGGCUUCUUAUACUGAUUUUGUUUGUCUUUUUGGUGCUACUGGUAGUGCUUUUUCCUGGGUUGGACCUCAAAGUAUAUUUUUCAUUAUCUCUGGCAAAAUUUAAAGCUUCUUUCUCUCUCUCUCUCUCUCUCUCUCUGUGUGUGUGUGUGUGUGUGUGCGUGUGCGUGCGCUCUCUGCUGAAUCAUCCUCUUUCGUUGAUAUGGUAAGAUGUGGACAUUACUGGGUGUUGGGGAAUAAUAAUACUCUGGGAAAUGUUUCUUUCUUUUACAUGUGUUGCUCUGAUGUUGGGAAAAUGUGCACUGAAGUGUAAUCAAUGUAAGCAGAGAAUCCAAAAUGGUAUAGAUUCAGUACUACUGUCUGAUUUUAAUGUGUCCUGUGUUUUAUACAGUGUCUUCAAUUGUCCUUUUGUUUUUAUUUACCUUUUUGUUCUGUUCCCCAUCUGCUUACUUUGAAAAUUUGACUAAAUUUGCAAAGUUAUUGUGCAAAAAUAUAAUUUCUUUUGAACUACUUGAAAUGCAUUAAUAAACCAGAAUUGAUCA